UACAAAGAACAAAUAGUUAUAUAUCUAAAUAAAUAGAAUAUCUAAAUAAAUAAAUUUUCGAAAACAAAAUCACUAUCAUAUAAAUAUAAAUUAUUAAUAUUUGCGACUCGCUUUUUCAUCGAUAAAAAUAUUCAGCAAUAAUGAAGUUAUCAAUACUAAAUCCCAUUUUUAUUUUUUUCCACAUUCAAGACAAGAUAGAGGCUACCAUUUUCGCAUGGAGACAUAAGAAAAUUAUGUGAUUAUUAUAACAUCAUACAAGGUAAUAGAUAAUACUAUAAUAAACGGAGAAUUUCAUAAUGCUUAAAUACUAAAUGAAUAUUCCAAGUACCAGAAAGGUUUAUUACAUCACAAAGCCUAAAUUUUCUACAUUGGCAGAUGAAAGAGUGGAGCAGGAUUAUAAUCUUAAGGAAAACUAUCUUAAUGCUUAUACAGAUUUUUUAUCUAGGAUCAAGGAUUACACGCUAACCCCCUUUAAAGAAAUAACUACGCCCUUAUUCAUAAAUCCAAGAGACAACGGUAAUGAAGUGGAAAAUGAAAUUUUCAAUAAAGAAAUACAUGCCACCGAUUUGAGAGAUCCGAGGCAGGCUUACGUGCAAGAUAAUAUCUCUCGUUUGUUCAACGAAUUUACCGAUAACGCAAAUAGCACUAUACGAGUUUUGGGAAGCGAUUAUUACAAUCAUAACAGGUCUCCACUACCCUCACUUUCUGAAAAUUAUUACUCUAGCCCAUUCUACUCUUCCACAUCCCUCUUAUCGGUGAUCAGGGGCGAUAUCCUCAAUAAAACGAUUCAAACUGGAAACCCCUUGUCACAAAAUUUAUAUGGUGCCGACAAUACUUCGUGGUGGUUAGGUGACACCUCGUCAAACAUUCUCAAAAAGUUUUAUUGCUACGGGUCAGAGGAUAUCUGCAACCCAGUGUUGGCAGGUAGUCAACCUUGCGUAACGAGCUACUGCGACACGCAAUGUAAUGACGAACCCUUUUGGGUUGGGGGUAGCGCUCGAGUACUCACCAUUCUCAUUCCUAUCCUCAUAGCACUAGCUUUCAUGUGUAAACUCGGCAUCGCAGCCGUCAUAUUCGGAAGGAGAAAACGAGAAAUGGGGACGGCUCUUAACGUGUACCUAGGGGCGCACACAAUUUCGGAUCUGUUUUUUUUAAUUUGCGCUGGUAUACUUCAAUAUUUGACAUGGAGCGGAGGAGGUGUUUCGUCUGAUUAUUAUUCGCGUAAACGUUCCGACUUGUCCUUAAUACGAGCGGAUUAUUUGUCAACUACAAAUCCCACUAACCUAGUUUAUUCAUUUAAUGAUAAAAAUAGAGCAACUCAAUCUCAAAAAAUACAUAAUAAUAUAUUGGGUUCUGGUCGAAACAUUUGGUAUUCACUCAGCGCUAAACUAGCCCGAUUAGAUUCUUAUUUUAUGGCCCUUUCUGAGGCAUUUUGGAUAAUUUCAAUAUACAUUCUUAUCGCUGCAGCAAUUGACCGCUGCUUAAGAUGGAAUAAGAGCGCGGCCGGUGAUAGAAGAAUUUCGCUAAAGCGAUGUGGAACUUGGGGAGCAGUGGGAGUCGUUUCAUUGAUAUAUGUAUUUGGAUUAGCCAGUUCACUACCCAGAAUAUGGAUGGCGUUCGAAAGAUAUCAUCCUGCUUACAAUGAUAAUCUAUUUUUUAGGCGAAAUACUGUACAUGGAUCUAGAUUUUAUUGCCGAAUGUAUGAUUGGUUUGUUAUGCUUGUAUCAACAAUUAUUCCCUUGGUGGCUUUAUUCCUGCUAUCUUCUUUACUAACAAAUGUCAUAUGUCGGGAUCGGCGAAGGGUUAGAAAAAGGGUUAAAGAGUUAAAGGAAAUCGAGAAAGCUAGAGGACCUGAACCAGUACGCCACCCUUAUAUAUUAGACUCAGACGAGCCAAACGUUAUGGUAACCCCUACGGGAUAUAUAGAAACUUCAAGCACUGGGAAUUUAGGGGGGAGCGGAGGCGACAUUGAAAGCGGAAUAGGAACCGUUGUUACACCCCUGAGAAGGCCUCCACCCCCACCCCAUCAUAUGUCGACACCUUAUUAUGCCUAUAAUUAUAAUAAUAACCACAACGAAAAUCUCGCCGAAAACUAUAUGCCUAACCACCUCGAUUCGAGUUAUUGUAAAAUAAAUCAAUGUCCCAAGUACUCUCAUAAUAAUUGUGAGAUAAAAGCUUCGGAUGAGAAGGGGAAUGUAAAUGAUAAAAGGGAUAUGAUUCAACACUUCAACACCCCCAAAAACGGGCAUUAUGGUCGAUAUUUCAAUAGAAACGCUAACAAUUCUAACGAAAAAUGGACCCAGCGCCCUAUCGAUGAUUAUAAUAAUAAUAUGAAUCGGGAUUACGAAUCGAGUUCCUCAUACGAUGACGGAAUGUUAUACAAUAAUUCUUCGGAUUACUACAACGUUUCGGAACGGGGAAUAUUAAUGAGACAUCCCGGAGCGGGAGGACCUGACAUCAUCAGACGUAAACGGGCUAAACACAGGUUUUGGUCUAGAACAAGAUCGAAUUUUAUGCUGGCUUCUUUGUGUUUUUUUACCCCGCUUCUACUCAUUCCCUUUGCGCUCUCACAAAUAUGGAUGCACAGGAUUCAAGAAGGGGGGCCUACCGUAAAAUCAAUAGUAUUAAGCCAAAUAUUUCAGGCUUUUAUAUAUCUCAACGCAAUCCUACACCUGUUUUUGUUGUUGGCUUUUUAUGAUAAAUUUCGCCACGCUUGUCGUAACGUAUGUUGUGGGAACAUUUGCGAUAAUAAUAAAGAGGAAGGAAGAGACGUAGGCAGGGAAAUCGAAGUCAAUGGACAAGGUGAGAAAGCUACCAUGGUUAGCAAAAAUAACCGAAUCUCUAAGAUCAAAAUUGAUAGGCAAAAUGAAGGAUCAUCGAAAAGAUCAGGAAUUUGCCCUUUCUGGGGAAGCAAGAAAAGGCAAGGAUACCAAAGAGCAGAUAAUAUGAAUCCGGAUAGAGGGGAUAAAUCUCAAUUACAAAAAAUUCAACAAGACACUAUAAACAUAGGAGAUGAAGAUGCCGAUUUCGCCAGACCUCGCCCGGCAACUCCUAUGGCGAUCUCUAUGCUUAGCGGUGCUGCAGCAGACAACGAAAAUGAUAACAUAAAUAAAUUUAUAGAAACCCCCAUGGUUUAUGAUACGGAGGUUAGAAAUGAAAAUAAAGAUUUGGAGGGAGGAGGAACCUCCACUUUUAAGAGAUCCAGUAAUGGUCUCGAAAAGAUGCAAGUCCGAUUGGUCAAGAAUACAUCACCGCCAUUUGAUGCUAUUAACAACUUAGAUAGGAAAUUAAAGGAACCUUAUAACGAAGAGGAAACGAAGAAGGGUAAAAGGCUAGGAAUUCCCUAUUGGUUUGGUGGAACACAUUUAGAUGGGUCUACUAAAAAAUCAAAAGAUGUAGGAAAGAGCAAGAAUAGAAAAAAAUCCAACGAAAAAGGACAACCAAACGAUGUUGAAAUAGCAUUGAAAGAUACUCACCGACUUGGUGAUCAACAGAGUUCGGCUAUUGUUAAUAAAAUCAAUACACCCGCCGAUCAAAAUAAUUUAGUGCAUUACGGCGAGGUAGACAUUCACAAUAUUCAUUACAACUCCCUAAAGUACCUUCCUCCACCUCCCGCAACCACUUUGCAGGAGGCAGAGAACAAUAAAAAUCCCGACGUGGUCGUUUAUAGGUCUACCACCACUACAUUAUCCAGGGUAGCUGAUCCAAUCAUGGGCAACACUGAUCAACAGUUGAGAUCAUCAUACAAUAAACAACAAAGGGAUCGUCAGCAAUUUUUUGAAGAUAAUGUGGACGAUUACAUAGAUAGCAGCGGAAAAUUAACGAGAGGUGAUAUAGAGAAAGAUCCAUACAAGUAUGGCUCCAAUAUUGAUGCCAGUGGAAAUAGUGCAAUCACAAACAAUGCAAAUAGAGUGUGCCAUUCAGAAAGAACCGGAACUUUUUACACAUACAGUGGGGAUACUUACUCAAGGGCAGGGAAUUCACUAAGAUCAGCCUACUCACCUUAUUAUUACUAUCAUCAAUCUCCCCAAAGCACUUCGGGAAAAACUUUUACAGGCUAUGAUUUAUAUUACAAUAAUAAUAAUAAACCAGAACUAAAGGAGGAAAAAAACAGUUUUGGUAAGGCCACUGGGGAAAAGGGGUUUGAUAUAGGAAGAGGUUACAGUUCAAAUCAAAAUGUUUCAACUGCCAAGAUAAGAUAUGAAAAUGUAGUUUAUAAUACUAGCACGCUUUCUACUGCCUCAAGGCACAUAAGUGAGGAGUAAAAUGGCUUGUUUUUGUUUAUUAUAAUUUGUGAUAUAAAUUUUGAAUUGAAAUGUUCAUAAAGAUAACUUCAUAAGAAGGAUAAUAUUUCUUUUUUAAUAUUAAAAUAAAUGACAUGUAGUAAAAUGAUAUAAAUAUAAUGGAUGCAAAAUUUAAACAAUAUUAAACACUCUCUCCCCAAAUUUUUCAAACAUAAAUUUAUUAUAAAAUGUUAAUUUGCCCAUAAUGUUAUAUGCGUAAUAGCUUAUAGUGGUUAAAAUAUAUGAUUAUUGAUUAUUUCUAAAAUGAUUUUGCUUUAUAUUGUCAAUGUUAAGAGCACUUCUAAUAAUUUAUGUUAAAUUAAUUGAGCAUUUAAAAUGCCAUUUAAUUUACUAGUUAAGAAACAAAUAAGGCAUUUUAAGCAUGGUAAACUGUCUAGCAAAUAAAUUAU